CGUUACUUUUUAAACUGUUAUCCGGCAGCGGGUUCCAUCUUUAACUGUAUCUCCGUGAGCCCGCAGACGUUCACUGUCUGCCAGGAGUCAGAGGACGUGUACCCGGGGCGAAGACAACCUUUAAAUACAGUAUUAUUUUGUGCUAGCUUGUAGUAGCAGGCUGGGGGAAUGGUGGCCAGUGCCGUCUGGAGAUAUUGGGUUUAAACAUUAGAGUGAGUCGUUACAGACACACAGUCGACCGCCGUCAGAUGAACAAACCCUCUGAUUACGAGUAACGGACGAGUAACGGACGAGAGCGGGUGACACAAAUGCAGCUACUUAGCUCCUAGCAACCUUUACUAUGUUAACGUAUUGGCUGAAAACACAAGUGCCCAUUCCUGGUUUAUAAUUUUAUUACACAGCUACAACUCGUACAUGUAAACGACGUUCAAAUAAAUGUACAGACAAAUCAGUAAAAACUACAACAACACGCUUCACGCAGUCAUCGUACGUAGCUAAAACUCGCAUGACGUUUGCGUUGCGCUGCUGUCUGCUGGAACGUCCCCCGAGGGGGCGGGACUAGCGGCAACCACCGAACACUCUGAUUGGUCAGCCGAGCUUGUCAUCAGAGAUUCCGGAUGUCUGCUGUGUGACUGGGAUGGUAUCAUGGAGAGAGACAAUCAUCAAGAAGGAGUGGCAGAGGGAGUGAAGAUUUGUGAUCCACCCGCUGAGAGCAAUCCACCUGCUGACACCUUGGCGACUUCCCUCUCCCUCUUGGGGAAUCACAUGUUUCCUGAUCCGGUGGAGAGAAAUUACGGUACCACUGUUAACAGAGAGGAGCCUGUAGAUUCACUCCUGUCAGACGUCUCAGCAGAGGAGCCGAGUCUGAACGCAGAGUCCCAUUCUAACCAGGUAACAAAGCUAGAGACUGAGGAGACAGAAAGCCCCGAGUGUCAGAACAAUGUGGCCACCCAGCCGUCUGACAGAGGAGCUCAGGAUGCUGCCACUGACAGUGACCAGGGCGACUCUGGGGAGUUUGUCGUUACAAUGCUGGCCAAGGCCAAGCUGGAGGAGCAAGGUUUAGGUAUGAAGGGAAGGUCAUCUCCCUUGUUGGAGGCAGGUACCGAGGAAUAUCCUGCGUUUAUGUCUCACCGUGAUGAGGACGUGACAGCGGACAGCUGGCGGCAGCACAGGAAGCAUGUUUUUGUGCUAAGUGAAGCAGGCAAACCCAUCUAUUCCCGAUACGGCAGUGAAGAGGCUCUUUCAUCUACAAUGGGAGUCAUGAUGGCGUUGGUUUCCUUUGUUCAAAGUGGAGAUAAUAUAAUCCGCUCCGUAUAUUCAGAGGAAAACACAGUGGUGUUCCUGCAGAAAGGGCCCCUGGUGCUGGUUUGCGUCUCUAGCAGUCGUCAAUCUGAGCGGCAGCUGCGUGGAGAGCUCCUCUAUGUGUACUAUCAGAUCAUCAGCAUGCUCACCCAGGCCAGCAUAUCCCGCAUCUUUGAACACAAAAAGAAUUACGACCUGAGGAGACUCCUGGCGGGCUCAGAGAAGAUCCUGGACGGUCUUCUCAACCUGGUGGAUUCCGAUCCCAGUUUCCUUCUAGCAGCGGUACACUGCUUGCCCUUAGCUUCCUCUCUCAGGGACUCUCUCAGCCAGAUCCUACAGAAAGCGAUCACCCCAAAUCUGGUUUUCUCCAUCCUCAUCGCCAGGAACCAGCUGCUCACCAUCGUCCAAGAGAAGACAGUCAUCGAGGACACCAGGCUGGAGCCUGCUGAUGUCCACCUCCUGCUCAACCUCAUUGGAGCCUCCUCUGCCUUUCAGGCUGGGGAGAUCUGGACUCCCAUCUGUCUCCCCCUCUUUAAUCCUGACUGUUACUUUUAUGCAUACAUUUCUUACCUGGACCCUCCAGAAUGCACUGUUUGUCUGCUGCUGCUCUCGACAGACAAGGAGGCUUUCUACUCUGUAGCUGAGUGCAAGAGGAAGAUAGAGGAGGCCAUGGUGGCUCAGAACUCCCUGAGCCUCAUUGCCAAAGUCCAGUCGUACAGCGUGAGCCAGGUGGGAGUCUCAGACCUCAGACACUUCAUGUACAAGCCCUUUGAUGUGCCAGACAACUACCGUCAGCUCACUCAGUUCACCAGCCCAGAGAUGGAGGCACCUUACAGCAGUGAGGAGGAGAAAAUGAGACUGUUGGACCUUUAUCGUUAUAUGCACAGCCGCAUCCACAGCACUUCACGACCCCUCAAGCUCAUCUACCACGUCGCUGAGAGGGAAACUCUGCUAGCCUGGGUCACAAGUAAAUUUGAGCUGUACACCUGCUUCAGUCCUCUGGUGACAAAGGCCUGUGCCAUCACUGCUAUCACUAAGCUUCUACGGUGGAUUAAAAAGGAGGAGGACCGUCUCUUCAUCAGAUACCCCCCAAAGUAUUCAACCACCCCAAAUCCCAGCAAGAGCUCUCGAGGUGGCAAAUCUGACCAGCAAGACUCCACAGAUAACGGCUUCUUAUCUCUUCUAUAGGACUCUCUUAGUGCUACUAUAGUUGCUCUGCCUCAUUCAACAAUAGUUUGUACACUGGUUCCAAGAUAUUUUUGAACCCUCUUUUGACACUUGACAGACAUUGACUACUGGAAUCAAACACUAUGUUUUACACUAUUUAAAAGGAACGACCUCUUUCAGACUAAUAUUAUUUCUUUACCUUAACAAGAAAGCAUGUCAUUGCAUCACUGCUUUCAAUCUGAAAGAGUCAGGGCAAAACCGCAUUAGUACGUUUUAAAUUGAACUGUGGUAGAAAACAAUUGCAAUGAUAUUUAAAUGUUUUUAUAUUGUUUUAAUACUUUUUCCUCACGGACAGUGAAUGUACCAUGCAGAUGACAGUUCAUUCAUAUGCUAUAACUAUUCAUUGCUUCUUUCUUGUUUAAUUUAAGAUGAGGAGUUAAAUUAAGUUUUUUUCUCAAAUUAGUUCUCACAUAAAGAUUUCUUUCAUGACACAAAAACCCCCCAGAAAACAGGAAGAGUGCAAGAAAUGAAAGCAUGUUGUGUUUUGGGCUCAACAACAACUGGAAUAGCAACAACUGGAACUGACAGAACAGGGAUGGGCCACCAUGUGUCAUACAGGGCCGUGAACUAACAAAUUGCCCUGCAUGAAUUUUGUUGCACGUCCCUGUGACAGAACUUUACUACGUGGUGUUGUUUCAUAUCCCACUGAUGUUUCUAAUCAAAUUUAAAUGAUCAGGUUUCAUUAAUGUUACAUUUUGUGCAGAAAACAAGUAGGAAAUCCAGCCUGUUACACCUGAUCACUUUACAUGAUCAUCGUCAUUGUUAGUGUUUUUAUUGCUAAGAGUCAAUACUUGUUAGUUUGCACAUCCUCUGUUAAGCUAAGAAGAUGUCACUGAGCUCAUGCAAUGUUUUUCUGCAGAUACUUGUAGUACGAUUUAUCAGUUGACACUUAAUGUAGUGACUUCAGGCGACUUAUCUUUUUGGAUAAUAGUUUUGUAAAGAUGGUCUAUAAACAGUAGCCUCAUCCUUGUGUCCUUUGAGGAAUUUCCUGUCAAUUCAAGUCUUAAGAGUAUGUCUAUAGUAUUAUGAAAUAAAUCCCAGGUUGCACAAAUCAA